GUCGGCAAGUGCAUCACCGGACAACAUAAAAAUAAAAUAGCAAUAAAAUCAAGUGGCCAACGUUCCCCGCCAUUUAUCAUUAUAUUUUCACCUCAAAACAGUUCUCUUUCAACAUCGCAAAUUUGAGCCCCAAAAUUCCAAUGGAUGGUUUAGUGAAGGGACUGGUUAACGUCGUCAUCGGAGGUGGUGAUGAUCGAGACGAAAGGCACGAUCGGUCCAGAUCGAGCGGCGCGCAGGACGAUCGCGAUCAAAGGGACGAACGAUCCAGAUCGAGCUGGGCGCAGGUUGUGUCUGGUGAGGGGGAUGACCGUGACGGUUCGAGUUCCAACACCGAUUACAACGCUGGAACUUGGAACAAAAGAAAUGAUGAAGACAAAAAUAAUGAUGGUUGGGAAACAGUCGGGAAGAAGCACCCAAAAGAGCAACACAAGGAUGCCAAUCAUCCCAUGACACAGGAACAAAGCUACCGAAGAAAUGAUGAGUGGAAUUCAAUAAAAUCGCCACGCAGAGAGGAAGCCAAAAAUAAUGAUGGUUGGGAAACUGUCGGGAAGAAGCAUCCAAGACAGCAACACAAGAUUUUGAAAUCUUACUAUGGCACAGCAGCUAGUUUCGCUCUACUUUUUGACACCAUGAAAUACAAGAAACUUAUACACAGGGACCAGUGGAGCAAUUACAAGAAGCCUCCUAACGAGCAAGAAUACUCAAGUGAUGCUGAGUACGGCGCUGACACAGAUCCCUCACAACGAGAGCUUUCUGAUCUCUCAGAGGCUCUUAACAGACUGUGGGAGCUUGAUGUAAGCCGUUUAGUACCUGGAAAGGAUUAUGAGAUUGAUUGUGGUGAGGGAAAGAAGGUUUACCAGAAGGAAGACAUGGCAGAAGGGAGCCUAUUUUCCUGGCUGAAUGAAGAAAUAUUCAGGAGGCCCACUUAUUCUCGCUUCUGUUGUCUUCUUGAUAACUAUAAUCCACAUCAAGGGUAUAAAGAAGUUGUAACAUCGGAAGAGAGACAAGAAGAAGAAGCAUUUAUUGAAGAGAUCAGCCGAACUUUACCAAUCAAAUAUCUUUACAAGUAUCUUUUAGCCAAGGGAAUUGUAUCUGGGAAUUAUCAAGAAUUUAAGAACAAGAUGUUAAGUCUCUGGUUUGAUCUUUGUGGCCGAGGUGGUACAUCUAGCUGUUCUUCUGCUUUUGAACAUGUUUUUGUUGGAGAAAUCAAACGUGGAGAGCAAGAAGUCUCUGGAUUUCAUAAUUGGAUUCAGUUCUAUCUAGAAGAGGCAAAAGGGAGGGUGGACUAUCAAGGAUAUAUUUUUCCUCGGAGGCGUGGCCAGAUACCUGACUCAGAAACACAGUUACUUACCAUUCAGUUUGAAUGGAAUGGUGUUCUGAAGUCGGUUUCAAGCACGCUAAUUGGGGUGAGUCCCGAAUUUGAAAUUGCUAUUUAUACUCUAUGCUUCUACCUUGGAGAAGAAAAUAACCAUGUUCAACUCGGUCCUUACCCUGUGAACAUUAAGUGCUAUCGUCUCGGGAACAAAAUUGGGUCGGCUUUUCCAGUGGCAGAAUCGUAAUUAUACUUUGACGUCUAUGCGUGAGCCGAGAAUAUUGCAUCACCUGGUGUGUGUAUUAUGAAAUGUUAUAUUGAUGCUGCAUGAAGCAGAUUUGUUGAGUUCAUUGUGUACUAUGAUAUGCUUUUCUGAUAUUUGUUGAUGACUGUAUUGAGUGUUUGGAUAAUUAGAACAGGGUAAAACAUUGUUUCGAACCUGUACCAUAUGUGUUUCUAAACUUUGCAACUUCAAUUAUUUUUCUUGGUAAAAUGCUUCACUUCAUGAACAUUCACAAUUUGAAACCUCUCGACUAUACAAUCAUUUGCAAAAACACUCACGUGUAUAUAGUAUGUACAAGAGGUUGUAAAUUAUGAAUGUUCAUAAAGUUUAUGUUUCGUUUUAUUCAGAAAAAUGCAAUAGGUUGCAAAGUCAAAACACUUGCAAAGAUAUGAUUUAACUAUGAAAAC